GCUAGGUAUCCACAUUCCUAACUUCAGCAAAAGCGCAACAGAAGACACAGGAGAUCUCCAAUCCUAACUUCAACACGCAACCUCGUUAAGUCGACGUCAACUCACGACCGCCUGCCAGACAAGAAUGUCCUCGCCGUGAUCACACCGUGUCCUCCUCCUCCCGACAAGCAGCCGCGGGCAACAAAAGAAAGAAAAGGCAAAAGAAGAGACAAAGGAAAGAAGAGAGAGAAAAAAAAAAAAAAAGGAAAAAAAGGAAAGGACGGAGAUGCCGAUUCCUUUCCUCGCCUCCCUAUACUUCAAUGGCUACCCGCCCUGGAUGCCGGAGCCGUACCGGCUGCUCAAGUACGCGACGGCCUUCUCGGCGGUGACGCUGACGAAAUGGUACAGCUCGGGGCGGCACAACCCGGCGGAGCGCAACAUGCACGGGCGGGUGGUGCUGAUCACGGGCGGGACGUCGGGCAUCGGCGCGGUGGCGGCGUACGAGCUGGCGCGGCGCGGGGCCCAGGUGGUGCUGCUGACGCGCACGCCGCCGAGCGACUCGUACGUGGUCGAGUACGUCGAGGACCUGCGGGCGCGCACCGGCAACCACAUGGUGUACGCCGAGCAGGUCGACCUGGCCGACCUGCACAGCGUGCGCCGGUUCGCCACGCGCUGGAUCGACAACGCGCCGCCCCGCCGGCUCGACAUGAUCGUGCUGUGCGCCGCCACCAUGGUGCCGCCCGGCGGCCGGCGCGUCGAGACGGCCGAGGGCGUCGAGGUGACGUGGAUGGUCAACUUCCUGGCCAACUUCCACCUGCUCGGCAUCCUCAGCCCGGCCAUCCGCGCCCAGCCCUUCGACCGCGACGUGCGCAUCGUGGUGGCCACCUGCUCGAGCUACAUCUCGUCGCCCAGGCUGGACGACCCGCUCAAGGGCGCCGACUGGACCCCGCAGAAGGCGUACGCGCAGAGCAAGCUCGCCCUGAUGGUGUUUGCCAAGGCCUACCAGAAGCACCUGGACGCCUACAAGCGGCCGGACGAGCUGCCCAUGAACGCGAAGGUCGUCCUCGUCGACCCGGGGUACGCCCGCACGCCGGGCACCAGGAGGUGGCUGACGAGAGGCUCGCUCUGGGGGCUGCUGGUCUACCUGAUCUUCUACUUCUUUUCCUGGCUGUUGCUCAAGAGCCCUUACAUGGCCUCCCAGUCGCUUCUCUACGCCAUGAUGGACGGCAGCGUGGUGAGGCGGCCCGGCGGCCGGCUGAUCAAGGAGUGCAUGGAUGUGGACUGUGCCCGCAAGGACGUGGACGAUGAGGAGGUGGCCAAGAAGCUCUGGGAGUCGAGCGACCAGCUCAUCGAGCGGGUGGAGAAGCAGCAGGCCCUCAAGAGGGCCAAGGAGAAGAGGGAAGAGAAGAGGAGGGAGGAGGAAGCCAAGCGGGCGGCUCAGGUCGAGGAGAUCGACUCGCUGAUCGGGGCCAUCAAGAAGGGCAAGGCCAAGGAGAACCAGAAGAAGGGUGCAAAGAAGGGAAAGGCUGCAGGAAAUAAUGCCAAGUGACUGGCCAUUGGAGCCUGGCGGGUUUGAUCUUGUUUGUUCUUUU